AUGCCAGAAACCCAUGUUAACACGUUCGGUGGCUCCCCCCUAAAUCGCCUCUCAUGGCUUCGGCCAUCUCAAUCGUUCAUGAACGCCAUCGUCCACGUUCCAAACUCGCGAUGGCUUCUGUUCAACGCGGGCCAAACUCUCAUGAUCUCGAGCGACGAUAGAUCGGUGAAGCCUGCUCUAGCGUAUCUGAGCACUCGAGACGUCAAGCCGUUUCUGGGCCCGGAGCCGUAUUUCGGGCAAGGGAAGGAACCGGGCGAGUUAGUCGUGGAGAAGGACGGUGAGAGCCACGCUCAUCCUCAGCAUUCGCCCACGGAGGCCGCACGGCAUCACGGCAUCCCGAUUGUCUUCCUUGGACUACACGAAAAGGAAUCCGGGGACAACAGCGUCGCGCUUCCAUCGUCAGAAUUCACCAAUCCGGACGAAGCUAUUAAAAAACUGCAAGGAACGCCGUAUUUCGCCGUCGAGGUUGCAGACCUAGAGCAUACACAGGAUGAUCUCGAAAAACUUCUGAGCGAAACUGGGCCCUCGAAGGAGGGAAAGAAGUUGAGUUGGGUUGAGCCACGGACCUUGAUGAUGGGUUUCGAUGGAUUCCCGGCUGCGGUGUUUGCUUCUGCUCGAAGUAUGGUGGAUUGGAAUCAGCGCAAUAAAUUCUGCCCAGGUUGUGGUUCGCCAACUUAUUCAAUGUGGGGUGGUUGGAAGGUUGCAUGCAAGACGUUGUUGCCCUGGACGGAUAACGGAAACAAGAAGCCCUGCCCCACAACUAAAGGGCUGCAUAAUUUCACCCAUCCGCGGACAGAUGGUGUCGUCAUCAUGAUCGCCAUCGACGAAACUGGGGAGAAAGUGCUUCUUGGUCGAGGGAGGAGAUUCCCUGGCAAGUUCUACUCUGCCCUCGCUGGUUUCAUAGAGCCAGGGGAGUCUUUCGAAGACGCAGUCGUUCGCGAGAUGUGGGAAGAAGCAGGCGUUCAUGUUUGGAAUAUCAAGUAUCAUUCCGGGCAGCCUUGGCCAUAUCCUGCAAAUCUAAUGGUCGGGUUUUAUGCUCGGGCGGAUUCGACCAAACCUAUACGAACGGACCUCGACAAUGAGCUCGUUGACGCUCGCUGGUUCACGCGGGAAGAGAUCCUAGCAGUUAUCAACCACGUUGGUGGGACCCGAUUCCGUCAUGCAGACCUCAAAAAAAUUGCUGAAGACAUCGAUGGACGGAGCAACACUGGAGAGACGAAGGCACAGACCGACCCUACCUCGAAGGCACUGACGCCUGCUGAGUCGAAGGGAUCUGCACCGCAACAAGAGCGAAGAAAGUCUGUGGCCGACGAACCGCCCUUUCGGCUACCAGGUACCGGUGCGAUCGCGGGAGUGUUGGUGCGGGAUUGGGCAGAAGGAAGGAUCAGUUUUCCGCCUGAAGACCUCAAGGCUGGCCCCAUUCACAAGGGCAACCUUUAG